CUUAACUAAUUAAAACCGGUCAGUCCUUCGGUGGAUCCGAUUCCGGUUUUAUCCUACGUGGCAGCUGAGUCAGCAUGGGAUCCACGUGGGCCCGACUUAUCAGGCUGAGUCACUCUCCCCCUCUUCCUCGGUUACUCCUCUCGCUCUCUGUGCCUGACAGCCUGAGGCCGGUCGGCGGGCCGAGGCGGGAGAGAAGGGCGGCGCCGCGACGGCGGCCGGCGGCCGCGGCAGCCCGGCCGAGCUCCUCGGCGACCGUGCGAGGGCCGCGACGCCAGUGGGGGAGGCCUUGGAGUUGGGCGGCGGCGGAGGCACGGGGAGGAGGAGACAGGCAGCGGCCAGCGGAGGGGCGGCGCCGCGCAGUGGGGUGGCGGAUGGGAAAGCGGCGUGGCGUGGUGGAUGGGAAACGGCGUGGCGAGGAUGGCGGCGGGCGAGUAGGAGCGGCAAGGCGGCGGCGUCCACCUCUCCCCUCUCUACCUCUAUUACCUCCGAGUCUUCACCGGCGAGGAGGCAGCGGUGUGCGGCGGCCUGUGGAAGAGGAGCAGCGCGCGGCGGCUCGCGGGAGAGGAGCGGCGUGCGGCGGCCAAUCUCCCGGUCUCCUCCUCCUCCGCCGCCGCCGUAUGGAUCACGCCGCUCAGCUGCCGGAUUUGCACGGCCGCGGCGAUGGUCCUCUCGCCGCCGGGCACAGCUCGCCGCUGAGAUCUGUGGGGACUAUGGAGCUCGAGAAGGGGAGGCGGGAGAGACGGGAUGUGUUGGAGCCACGAAAGGGCGGGCGGAGCACCGCGGCGGCGACGGCAGCAGGCCACGGGCGGAGCGGCAGCGGUGGCCUAGGUCGAGGCCGAGGACGUGUGGUGCGGGGUACAGUUGGAGGCGGCGUGGCCACGGCGGACGAAGCCGGUGGUGGUCGCCAAGGAGAAGCCCUGCGGCGUCGUCGUCUUCGGCGGCGGCGCAUGUACGGCGAGGAGCGGGAGCGAUGGCGGCGGCGGCGGCACGCGCGGAGCCUGACCGACGAGUCGACGACGACCUGGAGGAGCUGAAGGGGUGCGUGGAUCUCAGCGCUGUCGAAGUGGAGCACCAGCCGCGGCACGUCCACGGCCUCCGGCGCGGCCGCCGCGAAGCAGAGUCUAACGUCGCUCGCCAGGGGCAGCCGAACACGCACAGGAGGAGCGUCGGCACAGAGGCCGCCUCGGCAUGCACGAGCAGGUGGAGUCGCGGUCGUCAUUGGUGGAGUCGCGGCGGACGACGCCGGCGACGCGUGGCUGCUUCAUCCCGAACCGGAUGGCUGCAGGUGCGUCGGCACGCAGUCGAUGACAUCGCCGUCGGGGCCGCCGCGUCGCCGUGUUUCCCGCCAGCUGCCGCCGCUGGGCGCCGGCCGCCGUCGCCCUCCUCUCUCCUGCUGGCCUCUGGCCCUGCACCCGCCGGCCGCCGCUUUGCCUCUCCCUGAAAGAGAGAAGAGGAGAAAAAGGAAGGGUGAUGACGUGGAUUACCAUGACACGUGGGCCCCACAUGGGUCCCACGCUGGACUCGGCAGCCACGUAGGACCAAACCGGGAUUAAGAGGGACCUCUUGUGACUGGUUUUGAUUAAUUAAGGGACGUGGGAUAUCUGGUUUUGCGGUUUGAGGAUGAUUUUGUAUCUCGAUGACAAGUUGAGGGACCUUGGGUGUACUUUUUCCUUCAAACUAUUGAAACUAACUCAUUAGAUAAAGUUAUUUAUUUUAUUGUUAAUUUAGGGUGGCCUAUAUUUUUAUUUUACAGAGUCAAAGUUUUGAUCCA